UCCAGUCACACCAUCAUACAACACUAAGCAUGGCCAAGAUCAAGAUCGGAAUCAACGGGUUUGGAAGAAUCGGUCGUUUAGUGGCUAGAGUUGCGCUACAGAGCGAUGAUAUUGAGCUUGUCGCGGUUAAUGAUCCUUUCAUUACUACUGACUACAUGAUCUACAUGUUUAAAUACGACAGUGUGCAUGGUCAAUAUAAAAAGGGUGAAAUCAAAGUUAAGGAUGACAAGACUCUUCUGUUUGGAGAUAAGCCGGUUAAGGUUUACGGGAUGAGAAACCCGGAGGAGAUUCCAUGGGGUGAAGCUGGAGCUGAAUUUGUUGUGGAAUCAACAGGUGUUUUCACAGAUAAAGAUAAAGCUGCAGCUCAUUUGAAGGGAGGUGCAAAGAAGGUUGUGAUCUCAGCUCCAAGUGCAAAUGCUCCUAUGUUUGUGAUGGGUGUAAAUGAAAAGGAAUACAAAUCGGAUAUCACCAUUGUUUCUAAUGCUAGUUGCACAACUAACUGUCUCGCUCCACUCGCAAAGGUUAUUCAUGACAAAUUUGGAAUUGUGGAAGGCCUUAUGACCACAGUUCACUCGAUCACGGCGACUCAAAAAACUGUUGAUGGUCCAUCAAUGAAGGAUUGGAGGGGUGGAAGAGCUGCUUCUUUUAAUAUUAUUCCCAGCAGCACUGGAGCUGCUAAGGCUGUUGGAAAAGUCCUUCCUGCCCUCAACGGGAAACUUACAGGGAUGGCAUUCCGUGUUCCUACUGUUGAUGUAUCGGUGGUUGACCUUACCGCUAGACUUGAGAAACCAGCAUCGUAUGAUGACAUCAAGGCUGCUAUCAAGGCUGAGGCAGAGGGAAGUUUGAAGGGAAUCCUAGGGUACACCGAGGAUGAUGUUGUGUCGACAGACUUUGUGGGUGACCUCAGAUCUAGCAUAUUUGAUGCAAAGGCUGGCAUUGCUCUCAACAACAAUUUUGUAAAACUUGUCUCUUGGUACGACAACGAAUGGGGAUACAGUAAUCGUGUUGUUGACCUGAUCCGCCAUAUGGCCAAGUCUUAAGUUGCUGACAUGGCUGUGCAGCUGGAGGACAAUACUUUAUAAUUGCAAUUGCACGCGGAUUUACUCAGCUUCCUGGCUGUGGAAUUGUUUCGAGGAAUAACUAGAAUCAAUAUCAUUACUUCGGUUUUUGGUUUACGCUCUGCAUUGUUCACAAUUUUGUGUAAAUGAGAUGGUUUGAUUCAGCAUAGAAGGUGCUGGUUAAGCUUAUUUUAGCAUGAUAAUGG